AAUAGCGAUUAUGAUGCUGAUUGGACGUGGGUGAGCAAGAUGGCGGCGCCCAGAGGCAGGGCCGUUCGCCGAGCCGCGGGAGUGAGGGGAAGGCGGCUGUCCCUCCAGCCGCGUCCCUGCGCCCCUGUCGGGAGCGGGAGACGGGCCCAGAGCCAUUAUAUACUCUGUAGGGUUACACAGGGGAUUCCGUGGGGUUCUGCCCUCCUCUCUUUGGGGCCCACUGAUCCCGGCGGGGGCGAUUCUUUGGGCGGCGGGGGGCACUGAUCCCGGCCGGGGGGUUCCUUGCGUAGCCUAUUAAUCCUGGCGGAGGGCUCUGGGGGGGCCGUUGAUCCUAGCAGGAGGGCUCUUGGGGGGCGGCGUUGACCCCGGUUGGGGGGCUUUUGGGGGUGGGCAUUGAUCCCAGCCUGGGGCUCUUGGGGGGAGGGGCGGGCAUUGAUCCCGGGGGGCGGUCCCGAGUCGUGAGGAGCCCAGGUCUUUAACAGGGCCGGGUCGUCCCCAUCUUGCGGUUGCUCGCUGCCUCCCCAGAAUGUGGCGCAGUUGUCAGCGGCUGUUCUGCGCCAGGCCGCCCCAGGCCCCACGGCUGUGCCCGGCCCCCCUUGCUGGGGGCCCGAGCCUUUCACUGCCGGGCACGGCACGGACCUACACGCCACCAACAGAAAGGAAGAGGUUUUACCAGAACGUUAGCAUCUCCCAAGGCGAAGGUGGCUUUGAAAUAAACCUGGACCACAGGAAGCUGAAAACGCCCCAGGCCAAACUCUUCACUGUCCCCAGUGAGGCCCUGGCUAUUGCUGUUGCUACAGAAUGGGAUUCCCAGCAGGACACCAUCAAGUCCUACACCAUGCAUCUGACCACAUUGUGCAACACAGCUUUGGACAACCCAUCUCAGCGAAACAAAGAUCAGAUAAUCAGAGCAGCUGUAAAGUUCCUGGAGACAGAUACUAUCUGCUACAGGGUGGAGGAGCCAGCCGGCCUAGUAGAACUGCAGAAGAAUGAGUGGGAUCCCAUGAUCGAGUGGGCUGAGAAAAGGUACAACGUGGAGAUCGGCUCCUCUACUAGCAUCAUGGGACCAAACAUCCCAGCCAGGACCAAAGACACUUUCACCAGCCAUUUGGCAUCUUACAACAUGUGGGCACUGCAAGGUAUAGAAUAUGUGAUCACACAAUUGAAAUCUCUGAUUCUGUCCAUGGGACUGAUUGACAGACACAUUCCGGUCGAAAAAGCUGUGCUGUUGUCUCGCCUGGAGGAAGAAUUCCAGAUCCAGCAUUGGGGCAACGUGGAGUGGGCCCACGACUAUGACCUGUACGAGCUGCGUGCCCGCACGGCCGCUGGGACCCUCUUUGCUCACCUUUGUUCAGAGAGCUCAACUGUAAAACACAAGCUGCUUCAGGACUGAGGCUCUGGGGAGUGACGCGUUAGGCAGAGCCAGAGAAUGCCCAGUACAGAUUACAAAUGCAGCCUGGUGAAUUGGAGCCAUUGGCUGGCAAUCAGCGCCUACCAGCGUGGUGACUUAGCACGGAGAGGGCCAUGACUUUAUAGUGAUUCCUAGCGGAGGCAUUUCUUCCCUAGCUUGGCUAGUGCUGGGGGGUGCCAGUGACUCUCAGCAGCCCUGACUUUUGUUACAAAGGCAGUACAGUCUGAGUUCCCUUCAGCCCCAAUUCAAUGCCGUGUCCCUGGCUGUAGCUCAGCCAGUGUUUAUGAUCACUCAGAAGGGUCUACAUUCUAGCUAGUCUACAUUCUACCCUCCAAGGCUCCCAGCCGUGGGACCAGAACCCCAGCAAAAGGGCUUCGGUAAGGCAAGGCAAACACUCUAGCAUAGGUCCCAUCUUGGCAUCUGCCUGCCCAUGGCCCACGUUUGUUGCUAAAAUCCAAAGUCAUAUCUUUGGAGACAAGACCCAGCUGUACCUGUUCCUCACGCAGUAAUGUGCUUCUGCCCCUGUGCAAAGCUGGGCUCAAUCCCAGUUUGAUUAAAGGCGUCUCUUGCUAGAUACUGGAA